UCCGCCUCCUAACUCAUUCCCUAUCUAAUCUAUAACGGCAUUUUUCACUCAUAACGCGUACUUUUUACAUUGAAAACUUGUUCAAGUUUUAUCAUUUCAAUCUUCAAAAGUUUAUCCCUUUCAGUGCAAGUUUAUUAUUGAGAGUAGCUGGUGAUUUACACUUACACCUUAUAAGUGACGAUGGAGAGUUCAAAUACAAGUGUCUGGUGAUGACUCUUAAGGAAUCUGGGAAUUGUUUUCUUGAAAUAUCAAACCUCGUGGAAGUUCAACCUCGAUCCAAAUCAGUUAUUAUUGGGGUUAUUGAUAUUCCAUGCUUCAGAAUGAAAAAUAAUUUCACUGUAACUGGAAUGGUAUCUUACAAAGUCGCCGAUGAACUCAGUUCAGAUGAUCAUCAGAUAAACUUACCGUGUAUGUCACUUGGCACAGGUGAUCUGAUAAAAGGUGAUUUAAUUCCUUUCUUGAACAAUCAACUCUCAGUACAAGAUAUUGCAUCAGUUAUGGCUGUUUUUGAGAAGACUGACUUGGAAAUAAUUCUGCCUGAAAAACAUUGCAACUUGGACAACAUAAUGGAUCAACUCGGUUAUUCCAAAUUGGUGCUGCCUAAUUGCUCGCCUUGUUUUGUCAACAAUUCUAACAGAAAUAAUGCAUUGUCACAAUCGGUCCUUUUCUUGAAUACGACAUCCAAAGAUGUGCACAAUUUUGUAUGCUAUACAAGGAAUGAACAUCAGUUACUGCUGCUUGCGCAUAGUCUACUGAGUCUCCUACCACACAAAUCACAGGUAUUGAAAAAGUUGAGGCUACCAACUAGCCUUGACAAUGCUAUUGACCACCUCGGAAGUGAAAUAUCAUACCUGACUGACACCUUGAGGAGCCAUAUUCUUCCCUGUGAUGGACCUCUGCCUGAUCAAUGUCAGUUGAAAUUUAAAGCUGAUUUGUGGCAGGAAAUUAGACAGAAAAUGUGUGCUUACGAACUAGAGACGGAUUUUGCACUUCAAGGAUUAGCUACAUGAAAUACUACAGGAAAGGUUUAAAAUGUUUAUUCUGAAAUUUUAUACUUAAUAUUAAUUUUAUAUUUGUUUCUUAGUAGUCUAUCUACUAAGCAUAUUUUAUAUGUUUGGAAAAAUCAAUUGGACCAUCUGGAACUAAAUGCUUUUGCAUUCAAAUAGAUACUGUAGUAUGCAAGUGUACAUCCAUAGCCUACUACAGAUAGAGGCUAAAUCUUAAGUAAGCCAUGGUACAUUCAAAUCAAUGAUCAUUCAAAACUCAUUCAUGCAUUGACAUUAAGGCU